AUGUGCGAGUGGCAAGAAGAAGUUUUGAGGCUUACAGACGGCGUUGGCGCGGAUAUCAUCUUCGAGAACUGCGGAGCAAAGACCACACGCAAGUCAUUCGAAUGCGUCGCUUGGGGCGGACUGAUUAGCUCCAUUGGCUGCUUGUCGGGCAAGGAGAACGACCUUUCUGACCGGACCAACAUCAACGCGUUGGCUAUCGUCAAGAACGUGACGAUCAAAGGCAUACUUAACGGCCCGAAGGACCGGCUCGAGCAAGUGCUUGAGUUUUACCAGGAGCAUGAGAUCCAUCCUAUUGUGGAUAGGAUAUUUCCGUUCGAGGAGGCUAAGGAGGCGAUCAAGUAUUUGUUUGCCGCCUCGCAUUUCGGAAAGGUGGUGGUCAAAGUCAAGGCAUGA